GGCUAUGGCUAAUUCUGGCCUCUUAAUCCCAGUCCCAUUCUACCCUUCCCCCCUCUUCCUGCUCGCUAACCCUAAGAAGCAAUUGGCGCCCAGGUAGACAUAACCACAUACAUACACAGCACCUCGCCCAUACUAGUUCACAGAGAAGGUCGGUGGCCUUUGGUGGUUGACUUUUUUUGGAUAUCUGACCUUUGCGGACUCAUUCAUGUGAGAGAAUCACUGGAGAAUGUAGCUGCAGCACUUGGACCAGGUGAUAGGACAGACACCAACAUGGGAGAAGCUCAAAAGGGCUUACUCUCUGUCAUAGAGAAACUGAAAGGAUCAACAGAGCAGGAGGUCAGGAUAGUGCUUCUGGGUUUGGACAAUGCGGGUAAGACCACCCUGCUGAAAAGCCUCGCCUCUGAAGAUGUGAACACCAUCACACCGACUCAGGGUUUUAACAUAAAGAGCGUGGCCUCUCAUGGCAUGAAGCUCAACGUUUGGGACAUAGGAGGGCAAAGGAAGAUCAGGCCCUUCUGGAAAAAAUAUCUGGAAAACACAGACCUCUUGAUUUAUGUCAUUGAUAGUGCUGACAAAAAGCGGUUUGAGGAGACCGGGCUGGAGCUGUCUGAGCUGAUUGAUGAGGAGAACCUAAAGGGUGUUCCUGUUCUCAUCUUUGCUAACAAGCAAGAUCUGGCCACAGCAUCACCAGCCAGUGAGAUCGCUGAGGGACUCAACCUGCACACAUACCGGGACCGGGAGUGGCAGAUUCAGGCCUGCUCAGCCAUGUCUGGGGAGGGCGUUCAGGAUGGCAUGAAUUGGAUUUGCAACAACAUCGUGAACAGGAAGAAGUGAGCCACCACCCCAAACGAGACUGAAAGGAGUCUAAGGCGUCGCAUUGAAUGGAUAAAACCCGGGUUUCUCCUCCAAAAAUCAGCAGAUGUCACCUGCAACCCCACCCCACCCCACCCACCCCCACCCCCACCCCCAUCCACCACCUCAUAGAAUUUAACAACAAUUUUGUUUUUACAAUGUGUGACAUUUUUAUGACUGUUUUGCAAGGGUAGCUGACACAAAUGAAUAUUUCAGGUGUAAAACAUGAGUUAGAAAUCAUGUAAAUGUGUGUUUUGUUUAUCAUUUGUUUUGUUCUCUCCAAUCCCAAUGCAAUACUUUACUUUAAAAUAUGGUCAAAUAAAGCUGGGUGUGUAGCAGUUUGACUUUCCC